AUCCCACAAGGUAUUCAUUCCCAGCCAUCUCCUUUCUUCCUUUCCAAAAAAAAAACCCAGCAAUCUCAAGAUGCUUCCUUUCUAUCAAAUUUACGCGCUCACGAUUUUGUUUUCUCGCACUAAUUUCCCACUCUCCCAGCAAUCUCAAACCCACGAUCUUCAAUCUCAAACAUUGAAAUCAAACCGUAAAAACAAAAUCAAUCUAUUUCGACCUUCUUCAAACCAUUCCCAAAAAUUGAACUCAAACCCUAGAAUCGAAAUUGAUCGUCUUCUAGCUUCAAACCCAAAGGAAUCAAACUUAGAUAGAAAUCAUUCCUUUGUAAUCAAACUCAGAGCAAUCAGAACUUCCCAAAGAAAUCGAAGUUAGAGCCAUCGUUAUCCAUUAAUCGUUCCUCUUCUCACAUCGUUCUCAAAUCGAAGUUAGAGCCAUCGUUCUCACAUCGUCACUUUGUUUCAGGAGCUAUGGAUAGGACAUGGAUGUCUGCCAAUCGAAUGUCAAAAGAAUAUCGAGAUGGAGUGAAAGACUUUGUUAUGGUAUCAGUAGCCAUCAUUUUGUGUAAAUAAAAAAAAAAGAUAGUUAAGAAAUAUUUAACAAGGAAGAGGAAAAGACCGACUUGAUUUUGCAUGGUGAAUAGCUUAUAAUAGUCGGAAUAAAAAAGGAACACCUGGUGUGACUCUGAUGCGAAAAAAUUUCAAAGCUAAAAGUAGUGGAAUUAAGUUGGAAGUUACAUGGAAUAAUAGAGGGCAGCCAAUUGGACGUAACAGCAGAUACUUAAGUAGUUAUAUUGGUGUCACCGCUCGUCGGAUAGUUCCAAUUUAUUUUGACCGUUGGAACGCGAAAGAUGAAACCGUAAGACCUGCCUAUGAUGCUUAUAAAAAAGAUAUUUGGGACGAAAUUAGAUCAGCUUUUGAAAUUGGCGAUGAACAUUACGAUUAUGUAAUGACAGCAGCUGGAACUUGUCUUAGAGCAUUUAGAACCAAGUUGACAACGGAGUAUCUAAGAGGUGGUGAUGGUAAUGUUAUUAGACAACGGCCGAGUAAAUAUUCUCAUGUAAUUGAGCAAGAGCAUUGGGAUAUUUUUGUUGCUAGGCGUGAGACUGAAGAAUUUCAGGUAGUUUGAGGGCUUCCUUUUUCGAUGAAGUGGGUGGUUCUCAUCAAGUGACAGGUUGCAGAAGAAAGUAGGGAUAGAGUUUGACUAUCUUUUGUAGUGGUCUUUGUGUUUUGUACUAAAAUUUGUCAUUGAUUUUCUCAUUAGAAGCUAUGGCCAAAGUUUGACAAUAUCUCUUUUGUAGUGGUCUUUGUGUUUGUACUAUUCAAUUCGGAUUUGUCUUGUAGUCGGAUUGGUUUUAUUUAUGAAAUGAAUGUAUUACAAGA